UUCAAAACCAGGAGACAGCGACUUGCAUAACACGCUGAAAUUUUCUCACCAUAAAUACUCUCUGUUUCUCUCUUCGCUUGCGACGUUUUUCAGUCUUCAUCUCUUCGCUUUCACAGUUGUAGGUGUAAUGGAGAUUAUACAGAAUAACAAGACAGUGGAAGAAGUCUUUCAUCACGAAUAUAAGUCUGAUUUUGAAUAUCAUCAACCUAUGAAAACAAGGUUCUACCUUGAGCCGAAGGAUUGUCCACCCCUGGAAGAGGUCAUAAAGCAGCAUGCUCUUCCCUUCCUACCAGCAAAAUCGCUUUGCAGGUUCAGAGCUGUUUCUAAAGAGUGGAACCGGUGGAUAAGUAGUCCUUUUCUGGCUCACAUGCAAACUACCCACUUUAAAGAUAUUUCUGGCCUUCUUUGUCAGUCUCCUUAUUCAGACCCCUCCUUCAUCUCAUUCAAUCGAGAUGCUUACAGCAUUCCCAGUCCCUCCCUGGAGUUCUUGCCUGAACGUGUUUGUAUCAGAGCCGCAUGCAACGGAUUGGUAUGCUGCCAAAGCCGUAAUGAUGAGUUUGUCUACUACAUGUGCAACCCUGUGACUGAGGACUGGGAAGUGCUUCCUGAGCCAAAUUUGUGCCAUACUCCUGAAACAGCAAUAGCACUUGCAUUUGACCCUACUGCACUGAACUUUUCUGCAAAUUAUUGGAUUGUGUGUGCUGUCCCUGUUACUUUAAAUGGUUUCUCAGUUUUGUUUUUUGAGAUUUACUCAAAGAGCUCAAACUCUUGGAGGGUUGCUGAUACAAUAUGCGGUGAACCCAUUGCCUUGAAUCUGAGUCGUAAUGGGUUCUACAUGAAGAACGUUGUCUAUUGGAAGACAUUAACUGGUCCAGUUCUAGCUUUUGAUUUGAAGAACGAGCUCUAUGGGAUUUUGCCACUCCUUUCUAGCAUUGAAUCACAUGGUGCUAUGAUGCAGAUGUAUGGGGAAUUGUGUUACAUCCUUCCUCAAAUACAAGAUGGAAAAUGCAUGUUAAAUGUUUAUGGCAAUAUGGCUAUGAGCCUGAAGUGUGUAAUUCCUCUUAAAUCUGAAGUUGUGGGGGAAACAGUUUCCAAUUGCCGUGUUUUGACAUGUGUUAAUGAUGACAUGUUGAUAAUUUUGCUCCCAAGGAGGGUUAUUGCUUAUCAUGUGAGAGAACAGAAGGUGGAAUUGUUAAGUGAGGAGAGGACUGAAGAUUUUGAGACUUUUCUGCCUUAUAUAAAUAGCCUUGUGACUGUGCACAGGUAGCUGCGUAACCAGAUUUCAUUGCGAGUUCCACUCUCUGGAAGUUUUGGACGAUGAUUUUUGGAAAUUCCAACUAGAAACUCCAGAUUAGUUGUGGAAUUUAGAUCAUGAACUACUAUUCAAAGUUUAGGACUAGAUGAAGCUUUAAUUUUGAUGUCGUCUUUACUUUGUUUGAGCCCAGUGAUGUUGAACCAUGAUGUUUAUAAAUCUUGUGAUAUUGAACUAUGAUGUUUCUAAAUCUUGUGAUAUUGAGCUAUGUUGUUUCUAUAUCUUUGAAACAUUGAGAAAUGGAAUCUUCUUCAAUUUUUAGGUUCUGUUCAGAUCAAUUGCUGUGACUAUAGUUGUGAGAUGUUAUAAAUGGUUUCUUGUUCAUUGUGAUAACUGUGGUUAGUUUUCGAAG